UGGUGCUAGGGUGCAAGAUCUUACAUCACUGGACUGAGCCACAACUGCGCCAAACCAAACUUUUUGCUCUCAGUCUUCUCUCUACUAUCGCAAAAAUUCUUAUGAGCCUGGCCGCUCUCAGGCUUAUCUUUUUAGUUUACUGAGCCAUUUUUUCAUCAAACCAACCAUCUCAGGUUUUUCUCAAACGGCAACAAUGAUCAAGCAACAUUUACCGGAUAAUUGGAUUGUUGUUAAUUCCAAAAGUUAUCCAGACAAGAUUUAUUAUUUUAAUGUAAAAACAAGCCAAUCUUCUUGGAAUCAACCUACACUGGAGAAAUCAAAUAAGAUGUAUCAUUAUAAUAAAACAUUAAUUGCAUCUUACUUAACCAAACAUUCUAAGCUAUCUAAUAAACAAGGAAAGUUUUCCAGUAAACAAAAAUCACAUGAUAAAAUGGUAGAGACAUCAAAAUCAAGAGCACUACAAGAAAAAAUGUCUUCAAACACAAAAGUGAUAAGCAAAGCUACAUCGUCUUCAUCUUCAACAAGUUCAUCUUCAACAAGUUCAUCUUCAACAAGUUCAUCUUCAAGUGUGACACAGAGUAAUACAUCAUCGAGUGUGCAUAGCACUAGUAAUAAAACACAAACAUACACACCACAAAUGUGUGCUCUUCAAGAAAAAAUUCAAAAAAAGAAUUUAAAUACAUCUAAUAGGAGUUCAAAUACAUCUAAUGCAAGUUUGUCUAGUAAAAGUGCAAAUACAUCAAGCACAUCUAAUCCAGAUAGAUCAAAAUCAAUUAUUAAAUAUAAAACACAAGAAGAAAGAAAUACCGAAAAUAAAAGAAGACAUUAUUGGAAUAAAAAUGGAAAAAAAGAAGAAAAUUAUGGGUUGAGGAAAAAUUUGGCAAAAGAACGUAUGCAAAUGAUAAGGAAACAUUUAGGUCUUGAUAAAAAGAAGUGUAAAGAAAUUGGUCAUGUCAUUGUCGACAAAACACCUUUCCAAAAAUCUAAUACCACUGCAUCUUGUGAUAAUAACAACUUUAGAUCCACAUAUAUUUAUAAAAAUGCUGAAGCGCGACUAAAGAAGUUACGUGAUAGACUUAUGAAAGAAACCACAUAUGAAAAAAACACAGUCUUGCAAAAUCAAAAAAAUCAAGAAAAACCUGAGAUAAUGACCAGUGACAAAUUAAUAGAACAAGCAAAGCAUGAAGUUUUAUACGAAGAAAUGGAUUGGGAACCAAUGAAGGAUGAAGAAAUCACUUUAGAGAUCGAGGUUGCUAGAACACAAUUAUGUAGAGAGAAUCAUAAAAAUACAACAGACUGUAUAUCAGAAAAUACAAUAGAGCAAGCAACACAGUCUAACAAUGGAGCGGAAUCGUCAGACAAACCCCCAAUUUACAUCGUUGUUGAUACAAAUGUUUUUUUAACAAAUCUUCAAAUCAUCGAAGAAGCAAGAGAUGCAAUAUUUAAAAAUUAUUCAUGUUCUUAUAUUGUAAUUGCAUGGACUGUCAUAUGUGAACUAGAUUAUCUUAAAGAUUCGAGACGAAGGCUUGAAUUAAAUGCAAAAGUGAGAAAAGCUAUAUCUUUUAUCCACGAACAAUUUUCUUCUAAACAUCCACGUGUCAUAGGACAAACACAAGAACAGGCAGCCAAAAAUAAAAAAAAGUUUGCUAUCACUUGUCCCGAUGAUGAUAUCCUACAAUGUUGUUUACAAAUUCAAAAGUUACAAAAACAUGUGGUUUUAUUAUCGUAUGAUAAGAAUUUAUGCACUAAGGCAAUGCUACAUAAUAUGGUGAUCGUGGAGCGUAAAGAUACUCUCGAUAAAAUAGAUACCAUAAUCAAACCAGACAAUGAAACAAUUAGUCAGUCAAAUCCGUCAAGUAGUGUGAUUAACAACAAUUCAUACAGUUCCCUCUUUAGCGAAGAAUUGCGUUUAGCAGACAAUAUUUUUGUGAACAUAAAGGCAGUAAUGAAAGAUUUUUUGUCAACGAUUAUCAGCAAACAAAUGUCGAUGAUUUAUGGAGAAGCGGAAUGGCAAACGUACGUUAUCAUAAAACCACCGUGGACUAUAGUAACUGCGUUAAAAUGUGCAAUAAAGCACUGGAUUGCUGCUGUAAGCGAGGCAUUCCAGAGACGUGCUGAACUUUGUCUGAAAGAGUUGCUUCAAGCUUUUGAACAUGCACCAGAUGGUGGUAGAAAAUUAGAGAAACUUGAAUAUAUCUUAGAAAAAUGCAAUGACUUUGUACAAUUGGCAGAUACAGAGAAAUAUGGCAAUCUCAUAACAGAAACGAUCAAUACCAUCAUUAUACUUAAAGAGAAAUGUCGAAAUUAUAUCGCCGAAAUAAAUACAAAAAAAUUACAUGAAAAAAUAGGCUUUACCGACAAUAUUCAAGAGCAAGAGGUCAGAGCAGCAAGAACAUUUCAAUGCUUUGAAAACAUUUACAGUUACACAUGUGACUUUUGCGGUUUGGCGUGUAGCAUCGCAGGAAUGCCAUGUAUGAUUAAUUUUAAGCCUAUGGAUCCACCAUUAUCAAACACGGAUGUAAAGAAUAUUCGACCAGAAAUCACCAGAAAAGUAAUCGAUCUGACGCAAAAUUUAAAUAAGUUACUGACUCAAGCUGAGAAGCCUGUAAAAUAUCAGACAUUGGUUAAUUUGCAACAAAACUUGAACACAUUUUUGCCUGAUAAAUACGAUAGAACAAAAAUGCCAUUUGAUGUGGAACUGUUGGAUAUAUAUUGUUGUUUGAGACUGAAGGAAGAUAUAUUGAAAAAUGGAUUGAGACAGUUACAAGAACUAAGUGAUCACUUCUGUGCCUUAGCUACUCGCACGUAGCGUGUAUACAGUAUAUAUGUAUAUAUGUGCAGCUUCUUUUGUCGUUAUUUAUUUUCAAUGCGAUCUACUUAUUACAGAUAUAUCUACGACAAAAUGCGUAUUUUUAUACUUUGAGAGGUAAUACAAUAAUAAUAUUUUAAGUAAUAACAAGUAAUAGUAGAUUUAUUUUAAAGAGUAUAACACAAUAUAUCGAAAUAUAUAUAUAUAUAUUCCUUACAAGUUACUAUAAGUCAUUAUGUGUGUUUUGAAUUUGUGAUAGUCUUUUAUUCAAAGGUAAGCAAAUCUCGUAAACAUUUAUUACUUCAAAGAAAACAUUUUAUAUUUAUUAUAGGUAGAGUAUAACGGUUGUUAUAACAGUUAUUAAGACAAAUUUUAUUUGUAUUGUAUAUGUUUACAUUUAACGCGAUAAUCAAGAUAGAUAAUCAAGACUUAGGGAGCGCGUCACAAAUUGUAGAUGUUUCUAGUCUCUCGAAAAGACUGCAUAAUUUUGAAUACUUACUUUUCUAUUUUAUACAAAUAUUGUGAAUAGUUUUUCGCACAUUGUUGUGUGUGUGUGCGUGUGUGCGUGUGU